AUGAUGGACGAGGUGCUUAAGAAAGAAGAAGCUGCCGCAUCAAGGGAGGACCGCAGUGCUGAGCCAGUUCGUAUGGUUUUCGAGAUGGACCGUUCCCUCGACCGUCGUCGCUAUAACGCUCCUACAUGCAACGAGAUGGCCGUUGUUUACGUCGGCGAAUUCGGUGACGUUCCCGCCCAUCGAGAAUUUGCGGCCAAUGCGGAUUGCGAAGCGACCGUAAACAGCGCUGCGAUCCCAGCAGGGUUCAUCGAUAUUCAUCGCUAUCUCUACACGGAAUUGCCUACGUAUUUUACAUUUAAGCAGGAUGGUACGUGGACUGCUCGACGUCGAGGAGGCAGUCAGCUGGGUCCUGCAGCCACAGCUCUAGGACUUUUUGAUGAGGAACCCCACAUUGCCACCCUACGGGAAGCUGCGCUAUUCGCUACAGCUUUGCAAAUGCGGGCUCUUUUUGUCUCUGUGCUUGCAUUUAUGAAAGUGAAGGACCCGGCGUUGUUGUGGAACACUUUUAAGAGGAAUUUCAUCGACGACUACCUUCACGAAGGCAUGUCCGAAGAGGAGGCCAUUGCCGCAGCCUAUUACGACCUUGAGGAGGGAAAUAUCAAGAGCAAUAUCAACAUUGCUUCAUUCAACAUUCCUACACCGUCGUUGAGCCGUCGUCCCACGACUCACGCGUAUGAUACUGCAUUUUGCUCAACCGAAGGUAAUCGCUUAUAUGGGACUUUGAAUUCACAGCAGAAGGCAGCGCUUGACACCAUUCUUGGUGCUCUUGAUGUCUCAGACGCUCCAAAGCUUUUCUUCAUCGAUGGUCCCAGCGGUUCAGGUAAAACAUGGACCUAUACAUACCUUUUUAAUAUCCUCAUCGGUCAAGGGCGCAAAGUCGCGUGUACAGCGUGGACAGGAAUCGCGGCCAACCUGCUCCCAUCGGGUUGCACAACGGUGUCGUUGUUCAAGCUAAAUAUCUUGAACAACUGCGAGGCAUCAUCCCACAGAAGGCAGAUGAAGGACGCGAGACUGCUUGGCGAAAACAACGUGUUCAUCUGGGACGAAGCCUCUAUGAUCUCAAAAACGGCUUUUGAGAGGGUGGAUGCUGUACUACGCGAAACAUGCACGUGGACAAGCCCUUUGGCGGAAAAGUGGUCCUUCUCGGAGGCGACUUCAGGCAGAACUUACCGGUUGUUCGCUGCGGAUCGCGAACAGACCAACUAA